ACUCAAUAAAGUGUUGCAGAUGACAAGUGGAACACACUGGGACACUUUACUGACAUACAAGAGGAAAGAGAGUGAGUGAGACGUCUGGGAAGGGGCUGCAUACCUCACUGUUGUAGAACAUGGCUAUCUGGGAUAGAAGCAUGCAGAGGAAUUUUGGAGGGAAAAGGGGAGAGUGAGGGAGAGAAAGAGAGAGAGAGAGAGCAGAGGAAGGUAGCAGGCAUGAGUGAGGUCUGUCGGAUUCACUGAGGAUCAAGACAGAGAGAGAGCACAGAUAUAAAAAUACUCAGUAGCAACUGACACUCACGCACGGUGACAUCUGAUUAACUGCUUGUCGAUCUCAGUUGUAUGUUGAUAACGAGCACCAGACAGUUUUACUCAGAUCUCAGUCCUGUACAGAUGGGAGAGAGAUACUGACUGUUUCCAAGACAUCCUGAAAGAACUGCAGCGUUGGACAAUGACUACUGCUCCUAAAGAACUGGACGAGCUGUGCUACCUCACGGCUCAGUCCAUGACAUCACUGGUGACAUCACAGCACUUCAAGCUCAUCAAAAAGCUGGGAGAAGGUUCGUACGGCAAGGUGAUGCUGGCGGUGCAUCAGAGGAGAGGAACCCCAAUGGCUCUGAAGUUCUUCCCCCGCCGCUCCACCACUCUCCAAGCUUUCCUGCGGGAAUACAAUCUAUCCAUCUCCUAUUGCACACACCCUUCUUUAACACGGGCUCUAGGCAUCUUCUACUCCACUCCUUCUCACUAUGUCUUUGCCCAGGAGGCUGGUCUCUAUGGCGACCUGUAUAAUGUCAUUGUGUCAGAGGAGGGGGUGAGUGAGGAGAAUGCACAGCGUGUGAUGUCUCAGCUGAGUGGUGCUGUGUCUCAUCUCCAUUCUCUUGGCUUUGUGCACCGUGACAUCAAGCCAGAGAACAUCUUCUUGUGUGACCGUGCUUGUCGCUGGGUCAAACUGGGCGACUUUGGCCUGGCGCGAGCACAGGGGACCGAGGUCCGUGCUGUGUGGUACAACUCCCCUUUCUGUGUGCCCGAGGUGGAGGGAGCCAAGACAGUAAGCGAUGCAGAGGAAGCGGAGGACAUCUGGAUGUCCGUGGAGCCCAGUUUGGAUACUUGGGCUUUGGGGAUCCUCAUAUACUGCCUGCUGACGAGCUGCUUCCCCUGGGAGGAGAGCACUUCUGAUGACCCUUCCUACUGUAAGUACAGAGACUGGUUCAACCGAAUCAAGCAGAGAGAGGAGACACAAGACACUGAGAUGGAGGGGAGUGAAGCUGAAAUUGAAGUGCCCCCACAGUUUGACUCUUUAAGCUUAUUUGUCCUCACCUUGCUGAGAAAGCUGCUGAACCCGCUGCCCCGGCUUCGUCCGGGGCCUGAUGAGAUCCUGUCUUACCUCGGGGGACCUUGGUUACUGAAGACAGAGAAAGAGGAGAUGAGGAGAGAGAAGGAGGCACAAGAGGAGGCCAAGAAGAUACAUGAGAGAGGAAGGGUGGAAGGGGAAAAAGAGAUAUUGGGACGGAGGGAGAGAUAAAGUUCAUGCAAGACAGCAAUAUUACAAACAGAUGUACUAUACUUUCAAGAUUUUAUAUAGCGUUUAUAUUUUGGAAUAUUAGUCUUUUAUAUCAAUACAUAUUUUUUAUUAUAAAACUGGAGAAACUUGGACAUUUGGACAGUGGCCCCAAAAAAUAAUUUGGGCAAUUGUAGAAGUAUUAAUGUCAUUGCAUUAAAAAAUAGAUAUAUAAUUAUUAUAAAUUUGUUUUUUUUUUAUAUGAGUUAGUCACAUAUAAAUAUAUUUUAAUAUAUUUAAUAUAUUAAGUUAGAUAUUUUAAAAUUAUAUUUUAAAUUAUAUAAAUGCAGUACCAUCCAAAAGUUAGGGGUUGCUUUUUAAAAAAGUUUUUCGAAGAAGUUUAUGCUCACAAAGGCUGCAUUUAUUUGAUCAAAAACAGUAAUAUUUUAACAUGUAACAUUAUAACAGUUUAAAAUAACUAUUUUCUAUUUUAAUAAAAAAAAAUUUUUUUUAGCAAUCUUCAGCGUCACAUGAUCCUUCAGGAAUCAUUCAAAUAUGCUGAUUUGGUGCUCAAACAUUAUUAUUUUAUGAUCGAUGUUGAAAACAGUUGCUGCUUGUGGAAACAAUGUAUUUUUCAGGACUCUGAUGUCUGAUUUGUAUUUUUUCUUUCUUUCUGGAUUAUUAGUGUCUGGACACGGUGAAGUAGACUCUUUUUUCAUUCAAGAAUGGCUUAGUGUUCAGAUACUUUGGCCACAAUAAUUCAGUGUUUCUCAUAUUGAGCUGAUAACACUAAAACCAACAAUACUGCAAUUACCAACAGACUUCUCAGGUGUAAUGUUUAAGUAUUCACUCAACAUGUAGAGAGGAAAAUUGGUAGAUGUAGAUUAAUACUGCUCAACAGAUGUGGGUGGAAUACAUAAACACUGUUUCUACCUCAAACCAGUUGUUUUAAUGUACAUGGCAAUACAUGUUUGAAUAAACUUGUUUUGGUGACUCGUU